CACAAAUAGACUAACAGAUUUGCUAUUUGUGUUUGUUGUAAAAGCAAGAAACAAAAUCAUCAAUGGCUAUGAUUCUCUCUUUACACUCUCUUCCACUUCUCUCAUCACAAUCUCUCAUUACUCCAUAUUCUUCUUCUUCCUCACUAUCACCACUACGGCACCGUUUCAAUCCAAAGAAAAUCAAGAAUCAGCCACUCCUCAAUUUUCCCUCCAAUUCUUUCAAAUACUCAAUCCGCUGCUGUUCCUCUUCAAUGCCUUUGCAACACUCCUCCACUUCUAUUUCUCAGGAUAGCUUGUUGUACUCAAGAGCUUUCUGGGUAUCAAAAUCUAUGAUUGCUUGGAGUGUUGAUAGUUGUUCUUGCUUUCUAUAUGCAAGUCAUGCUGCUUCUCUAUCUGUUUCUAGUGCUGGUGUUCAAGGCCAUGAUGUGGAGAUUAAGCUUGAGAAAGAUGAUGGUGGGCUACCAGAGGAUGUAGUUGCAAAAUUUCCACAUAUUCGGGAUUACACAGCUUUUAAAUUGCCAUCUACUCUUGAUGCGGAAUCUCUUCUCAAAUGCCAAUUAGCAGUUGCGUCAUAUGAGGCUGAUGGAAAAUGUAGCAGUGCUACUGGUCUGCAGCUACCUGGUAUUUUGGAUGAAUUAUUCUCAUAUGAUGGUCCCCUUGGUGCACAUUAUCUGAAAGAUGCUGUAUCACUAUAUCUUUGGGCUCCCACUGCUCAAGCAGUUCGGGUUUGCAUUUAUAGGGAUUCGUUCAGCAAGGAUCCCCUUCAAAUCAGUCAGCUUGAGGAGAUUAAUGGUGUUUGGAGCAUUCAAGGACCAAAAGACUGGGAGGGUUGUUAUUAUGUAUAUGAAGUAUCUGUCUACCAUCCUAGCACAUUACAAGUGGAAAAUUGCUAUGCAAAUGAUCCAUAUGCUAGAGGGCUCUCAUCAGAUGGGAAAAGGACAUUAUUGGUGAAUCUAUCUUCUGAUACUUCGAAACCUGAAGGAUGGGAUAACUUAGCGAAGGAAAAACCCAGUUUACUUUCUUUCUGUGACAUUAGUCUCUAUGAGCUGCAUGUAAGGGAUUUUAGUGCCAAUGAUCGAACUGUGCGUCCUGACUUUCGAGGUGGUUAUAUGGCUUUUACUCUUGAGGAUUCAGCAGGUGUACGUCAUCUAAAGAAAUUAUCAAAUGCUGGAAUUACUCAUGUUCAUCUGCUGCCAACUUUUCAAUUCGGUGGUGUUGAUGAUGUGAAGGAGAAUUGGAUGAAUGUGGAUGACAAGAUACUAGAAAGUUUACCACCAGAUUCAGUGGAACAACAAGCUCAGAUCAUGGCUGUCCAAGAUAAGGAUGGGUAUAAUUGGGGGUACAAUCCUGUUCUCUGGGGAGUCCCUAAAGGAAGUUAUGCUAGUAAUUCAAAUGGUCCUUCUCGUAUAAUUGAGUUCAGAAAAAUGGUUCAGGCACUUAACCGAAUUGGCCUUCGGGUUGUGUUGGAUGUUGUCUACAAUCAUUUGCAUGGAAGUGGGCCUUUUGAUGAGUACUCUGUUCUUGAUAAGAUUGUUCCAGGUUAUUAUCUGAGAAGGAACAAUGACGGAUGUAUUGAAAAUAGUACAUGUGUGAACAAUACUGCUAGCGAGCAUUAUAUGGUUGAUCGCUUGGUCAUUGAUGAUCUUUUGAACUGGGUUGUUAACUAUAAGGUUGAUGGAUUCCGCUUUGACCUUAUGGGUCAUAUAAUGAAAAGUACAAUGGUAAAAGCUAAACAUGCACUCCAUAGCCUAACACUGGAAAGUGAAGGAGUUGAUGGUUCAAGCAUCUACAUAUAUGGUGAAGGUUGGGACUUUGGUGAAGUUGCUAAAAAUGGUCGCGGAAUUAAUGCUUCACAGUUUAAUCUCUUUGGCAGUGGAAUUGGGAGUUUUAAUGAUCGAAUUCGGGAUGCAAUGCUGGGUGGAUCUCCAUUUGGUCACCCUCUUCAGCAAGGAUUUGUGACGGGUCUAUUGUUACAGCCUAAUGGUCAUGACCAUGGAGGAAAAGACGCUGAAGAACUCAUGCUUACCACAGCAAAAGAUCACAUCCAGGUUGGGAUUGCUGGAAAUUUGAGAGAUUUUGUACUAAUUAACAGUGAAGGGAAAGAGGUAAAAGGAUCAGAUAUAUCAACCUAUGGUGGAGAUCCUGUUGCAUAUGCUUCUUGCCCCACAGAAACAAUCAAUUAUGUUUCUGCUCAUGACAAUGAAACCCUCUUUGACAUUGUGAGCAUGAAGACUCCAAUGGAGAUUUCUGUAGAUGAGAGGUGCAGAUUGAAUCAUCUCGCAACAAGUAUAAUUGCACUAUCACAGGGCAUACCAUUUUUCCAUGCUGGUGAUGAGAUACUCCGUUCAAAAUCUCUUGAUCGUGAUUCAUACAACUCUGGUGAUUGGUUCAAUAGGCUAGACUUCUCUUACAAUUCUAACAAUUGGGGCGUUGGCCUUCCUCCAAAGCAGAAAAAUGAAAACCACUGGCCACUGAUAAAACCAAGAUUAGCAGAUCCAUCAUUCAAACCUCAGAAGCAUCAUAUCCUUGCUGCUGUUGAGAACUUUGUAGAUGUAUUACAAAUUCGAUACUCUUCACCGCUUUUCCGUUUGAAAACAGCUAAUGCUAUCCAGGAACGGGUCCGAUUCCAUAACACGGGGCCUUCAUGGGUACCUGGAGUCAUAGUAAUGAGCAUUCAAGAUGAUCAUGAAAGUUUCCCCGGCCUAACUCCACUGGAUCCCAUCUACUCAUUCAUCGUAGUUAUUUUCAACACUCGUCCAAUGGAGGUGUCAUUUACCAGCCCUGCUCUGCAAGCAAGAACCCUCCAGCUCCAUCCUAUCCAGGUGAGAUCUGGUGAUGAAGUUGUGAAGAACUCAACAUAUGAAGCAUCGUCAGGGACCUUCACUGUUCCUGCAACGACAACAUCUGUCUUUGUCGAGCUUAGAUAAAUUCUAUAAAUUUUUGUUUGUAACGUUCACUACGGAAAUAAUCUGAGAAUAAUCUGCUGAAUUGCUGAGUUGGUUCUCAGCUUGAGGUGACUUCUCAUCGAGGAAGAGAAGGUUCAAAGUGACUGAUCACGUAAUCUUUUUAUAUGUUAGAAAUAAAUUAAACAAGUAUGAUUACUCUUUGUUGAUAUGUGAACGCAAUGUCUAAAGAAAAUAUAGUGAAGAUUGAGGAUUUAAUUGCUA